AUGCGUUUCUUCCAAAUUCUUUCUUUCGCUGCAUCGGGUGCUCUGGCGGCUUCAGGCUGCGGCCAGACCCCUUCGCUCUCAUAUGGACUUCUAAACGACAACCAAACCGCAGUGACAAUCAGUGAUACAACAUCUACGAGCCGUCGGUAUAGAGUUUUUCUUCCAGACUCUUAUGAUCCCAACACUCCGACGCCCGUAAUUCUUUCGUAUCAUGGAGCCAACCGACAGAUAGAGCAGCAAGUCGCCUUGGAUGAACUCACAACAUCUUUCUUCAACAAGAACUAUAUUGUAGUAUAUCUGCAGGGCGUUUCAAGUAGUGCCAGUCGUCCAAAACAUACCACGUGGGAAGGGGCACCUGGCAAUGAGGCCGACGACUUUGGCUUCACGACGGCCGUGCUCGACGCCCUCGAGGAAGAGCUGUGCAUUGACACGUCCCGAAUCUACGCCACGGGCAAGUCUCAAGGCGGCGGCUUCGUCGGUCGACUAGCCUGCCACGCGACGCUGUCGACACGCAUCGCCGCCUUUGCGCCCGUGAGCGGCGCAUACUACAUCAGCCAGCUGACCACGGACGCCGAGUGCGCGGACCCGGCGACGGUGGAGAUACCCUGCGACGCCGGCCGGUCCGGGAUCCCCAUCUUGGCGUUCCACGGCGGCGCCGAUCCGACAAUUGACUACGAGGGCGGCCUGCGGACCUAUUGCCUGCCCGCCGUCCGGCACUGGGCCGAGGCCUGGGCCGAGCGCAAUGAUCUCAAUGCCAGCGAGGUGGCCAAUACCACCAUUGCCAACAGCGACAAUGGCGUCCACAGCUCCUGGGGCAAUGGACUUGUCAAUUUGGUCUAUGAUGGUGACAAUAUUGAGCAUGACUGGCCCAGUCUGUUGGAAAACGACGACAACGAAGGCGAGGUAACAGCCGCCUUCAAUGCGAGCUCCUGGAUUAUGCAUUUCUUUUCAAAGCACUCAUUACCUCUGACCUACUGA